AUGAUUAUUCCAAACUGUGCUGUGAAGGCGGCCGAAGGCUUGACUGGCCUUCGAAAUCCGGUGGGCGUUUACAAUGUCGAUUUUCGUGCUGCGGGAGAGGGCACCGUCCAGAUAUUUGAAGCUGUCCUCCACUUGCAGUCAGGUCCCGUUUACGCUGAUCAGCGGCGCAUUUUGGGUAGGGACUGUGCUGGGUGUCAGUUGGUGCAUGAUCGCCGUCUUUUCCGUGUUGAUAGUCAGAGAGAAGUUCUCGCAGGCGCGGAGAAUAGGUCCAUGCUCCUUUGUAUGUCCUCUUCCGAGGUGGUGUUAAGGACGCAGUCGUCGGCCGAGAGAAGUUAAUGAGCGGCGGUUUCGGAAGCGUGCGAGAAUUCGACCGUCGGUUUCAACAAUGCCCACCGAGUGCUCCACAGCACGAUGGGGCAGGACCGGUGGCUUGUGCGGGCUUUAUAGUGGUAAUAGACUUGCGUUGCGUCAACAACACUCUUUCCUCCUCCCCCACCCGAGCCCGGUGUAAGGACAGAGUCAAAAAACUGGUGUAGGGAGAGGCCGCAGGGGAUGGCUUGGACGAAUCCGCACCUUGGUCCACUCCGCACUUCCUGGUCCACACAAUAAAUGACCAGGAUUUUGAGCGACAAACAAAGGGCGAUUAGCAGCGGUCCCAGUUUUCGCGACGACUACCGACAACAGGGUCUGCCAUCGCACACCCUAAAUGUUGGAAUUUAUUAUUUCGCAAGAUAACGCAUGCCAUAAUCCGGUGUGGACCAGUGUUAGUCCAGCGCAUCUACCACGUAGCCCGUUUGGAGGGCACACACACACACACACACAAGAGGACGACAACCGCAACCGAAAGGAUGGGGGAAGGCGAGCAUACAUGGCGCGGAGCCGACGGGUCAGACACCCUACUGCAAUUAUGUCGGUCUGUCAUGACCGACAGCAAUUUAACAGCAGCGGGGCGACUUCCCCAGAAUAGACAUCAGCUCUUGUUUCCUCAACCGCUCGUCAUAUGAAUGUCCGAAGGGGUCAACUAGUCAAUAAUUCGGCUUGGCUCAAUGACCGGCAGAGAGGCUGUCUCUGCUGAUGGGCCAGAAUGAGAAUGCGAGACAUCAAGCGAUCGCAUCUUCAGCUUCCGAGAGCUAAAACAACACGUCUGCGCGUGCCACAAAAACGAGGCUGCCUGCACACAGCACACCAGGAAUUCACCCAGUGGGGGUGGGUUGAUCAGAUCUCACAUGUGUUGGAGUAAAAUGGCAACUGUAUGGAGAAGGGGCAAAAAACACAUUUCACAUGCAUGUGAGAGGUGUCUAGUCCUUGCCCGUGGGGUGUAGGGGGUGUCGGCGGUGGGUUCACGUGAUGGUCGUAGUGGUCGCUCACUUGCUUGCAGGUGAGACUACGCCUAGCGUCCAUUUGCUUGCACCCAACUCUCACCUGUGGCUCCACGUAGCUGGGCUCUGCUCAGCGGCCACACCCCGGGCAACCGUCUCGACCGGCGGGCUAAACCAGGUGAGGGCGCUGUGCGCUUGUGUCGCGUGCACAGUGUACUGCGGACUCCGCUGGAUGGAUGGUCGGAUGAAACACUGCGCCGGCAUCGUCGAGACGAGGCUCUGCCUGGUACGCCGUUGGAUAACUGCUGCCGGGACGGGUCUUUGCAUAGCCUUCGCUGAGACGCGCCCACCUAAGCCGUCGGAGACCGCGGACUCACGGCAUAUGCGGACGUUCUCCACUACGAACAUAAAAGUCGUGGCCCCAUAGUGGGAUUCGGUCGCGCCAACCAGGCACAUGGGCAGCCCGAUUCAGAGGCGGCACUGCCUGCCCUCAUGAGGGGAAGGGCCUAGAAAAGGUGACCUAAACAUUGCUGGGUACCACGCAGUCUCCAGGCUAGCCAGGGACGCAGACGUCUAAUCAUGGUCUAAACAAUCAAAAUCGAAACAACAACAAUACCAAUAACAACAACAACCAUACUCACUCUCCUCAUCCUACGUCUUCUACCUCUUCCUCUGCCUAUUCUUCUGCCUAUUCUUCUCCUUCGUCACCUUCUUCUCCAUCUUCCUCCCGUCGUCCCACUCGUUGUCACCAGACUGGCAGGGUGAGCCCGCUCACUCUGGCAGCCUGGAAUGUUCGUUCCCUUUUAGACAAUCCGCGGAGCAACCGACCGGAACGGUGGACGGCGCUAGUGGCACGAGAACUGGCGCGCUACAAGGUGGACAUCGCCGCACUCAGCGAGACCCGAUUCUCCGAACAAGGCCAACUGGAGGAGGUGGGUGCCGGCUACACCUUCUUCUGGAGUGGACGACCCAAGGCACAGCGACGAGACGCGGGCGUCGCCUUCGCCAUCCGGACCGACAUCUUGGGACGACUGCCCUGUAUGCCGCAGGGCAUCAACGAUCGCCUGAUGAGCCAUCGUCUGCCCCUCCGGCGAGGAGGCAAGUUCGCCACUAUCAUCAGCGCCUACGCUCCGCCGAUGACCAGCCUCAACGCCGUUGCAAGAGACAAAUUCUACGAGGACCUGCACGCCCUCUUGGCGACUAUGUCGAAAGCGGACAAGUUGAUUGUCCUUGGUGACGUCAACGCUCGCGUCGGCACAGACCAUACUGCCUGGAGAGGAGUGCUGGGUCCCCACGGUCUGCACGGCUCCAACGACAACGGCCUGCUUCUCCUCCGCACCUGCGCAGAACACCGCCUCAUCCUGACGAACACGUUCUUCUGUCUGCCGGAGCGAGAGAAGGCCACCUGGAGGCAUCCACGGUCGCGUCAGUGGCACCUGCUGGACUAUGUCCUCGUCCGGAGGCGAGACCAGCGGGACAUGCUGGUGACGAAGGCGAUUGCGGGUGCUGACGGGUGGACCGACCAUCGCCUCGUCAUCUCGAAGAUGCGUAUUCGCCUGCAGCCUCGCAGGAGACCACAAGGUAAGCGACCCUCAGGUAAGCUGAAUGUUGCCUUGUUGUCUUUGCCCAUUCACAAUCUCCAUUUCAGCAAUGGGCUAACUCAACGGCUAGACAAUCUUCCAAUCGCUGCCGACGCCGCCGCUGCCGAGAACGCCUCCGUGGAGAACCGCUGGUGUCAACUGCGAGACACGGUUUAGUCGACGGCGCUCGCCGUCCUCGGUCGCGCUCCCCGCCAACACCAGGACUGGUUCGACGACAACGACGCUGCCAUCAGAAAUCUGCUAGCUGAGAAGAACCGCCUACACAAAGCCUACGUCGAUCACCCCACUGAUGCCACCAAAGCUGCCUUCUGCCGCAGUCGCCGACAGCUUCAGCAACGACUGCGCGAGAUGCAGGACGCCUGGACUGCUCGCAAAGCUGAGGAGAUCCAAGGGUACGCGGACCGCAACGAAUGGAAGAACUUCUUCUCCGCGAUCAAAGCUGUCUACGGUCCGCCGACGAAGGGCACUUCUCCUCUCCUCAGCGCCGACGGUAGCACUCUCCUGACUGAGAAGAUGCAAAUCCUGCAGCGAUGGGCCGAGCACUUCCGAGGCGUCCUCAAACGUCCUUCCACAAUCUCCGACGCCGCCAUCGCCCGCUUGCCGCAAAUGGAGACCAACGUGGACCUCGACCUCCCGCCAUCUCUCCGGGAGACCAUCAGGGCCGUGCAGCAGCUCUCCAGUGGGAAAGCGCCCGGAUCGGACGCGAUCCCUGCUGAGGUCUACAAGCACGGAGGUCCCCAACUGAUGGAUUACCUGACUGCGCUCUUCCAGGAGAUGUGGCGUCAAGGUGAAGUCCCGCAAGAUUUCAAGGACGCAACAAUCGUGCACCUAUACAAGCGAAAAGGGAAUCGCCAAGUCUGCGAUAAUCACCGUGGCAUCUCCCUUCUGAACAUCGCCGGGAAGAUCUUCGCCCGCAUCCUCCUCAAUCGUCUGAAUAAUCACUUCGAACAGGGCCUUCUGCCGGAAAGCCAAUGCGGCUUCCGUCGUCAUCGUGAGACCACGGAUAUGAUCUUCGCCGCCCGCCAACUUCAGGAGAAGUGCCAGGAGAUGCGGACCCACCUGUACUCUACCUUCGUGGCCCUGACGAAAGCCUUCGACACGGUGAAUCGUGAAGGACUGUGGAAGAUCAUGCAGAAAUUCGGCUGUCCGGAGCGAUUCAUUCAGAUGGUUCAUCAACUGCACGACGGUAUGAUGGCGCGAGUCACGGACAACGGAGCUGUCUCAGAGGCAUUCGCAGUGACUAACGGAGUGAAGCAGGGCUGUGUGCUGGCACCAACCCUCUUCAGUCUUAUGUUCUCUGCCAUGCUGAUGGACGCGUACCGCGACGAACGCCCCGGGAUCCGCAUCGCCUACAGAACUGACGGUCAUCUCCUAAAUCAGCGGCGAAUGCACUUCCAAUCGCGCGUAUCCACAACCACCGUGCACGAACUCCUCUUCGCCGACGACUGCGCCCUGAACACCACCUCCGAAGCGGAGAUGCAACGCAGCAUGGACCUAUUCGCCGCCGCCUGCGAGAACUUUGGGCUGGUUAUCAACACGCAGAAGACGAUGGUGAUGCAUCAACCGCCACCCAACUCAGUCACAGCCCCCAACGCGCCGCAAAUCAACGUGAAUGGGACUCAACUGCAAGUGGUAGACAACUUCCCAUACCUGGGCAGUACCCUCUCACGCAACACCAAGAUUGAUGACGAAGUCGCCAACAGGAUCUCGAAAGCCAGUCAAGCCUUCGGUCGCCUCCAAAGCACAGUUUGGAAUCGUCAUGGUCUCCAACUGAGCACAAAGCUGAAGAUGUACAAGGCCGUCAUCCUGCCGACGCUACUGUAUGGAGCGGAGACUUCGACGGUGUACACGAGGCAGGCACGCCGACUGAACCACUUCCAUCUCAGUUGUCUUCGUCGCAUCCUGAGGCUGAACUGGCCGGAUCGAAUCCCCGACACGGAAGUACUGGAACGAACGGGAAUCCUCAGCAUCUACGCCAUACUGAGACAAAUGCAGCUGCUCUGGAGCGGCCACCUGGUGCGCAUGGAUGACGAGCGACUACCCAAACGACUCUUCUACGGAGACGUCGCGACGGGUUCUCGUCGUCAAGGAGGCCCAAUUCGUCGAUACAAGGAUACCCUGAAGUCCUCCCUGAAGCUACUGCAAAUCAACCCGACCAACUGGGAAGAGCUCGCCUGCGAUCGUCCGGCAUGGAGGAGAACAGUGUAGACGGGCGCUGCUAUCUAUGAAGCCAACCGCAUCGCCGCCGCCAAAGCGAAACGCGUAGCCCGCAAAUCCCAACUGCCCCCAGUCAGCAACGCUGCCGCACAACUGCUUCCAACGUGUCCUCUAUGUAAGCGGACAUUCCGGGCUCGAAUCGGCCUUGUUGGACAUCUUCGGAUCAACUGUACCUCUCGAACUGCACCAAACUUCAUCCCCCCGCCCGCGUCAUCCUCGUCCUCUCUGCCGCCGAAUAACUCUGUGAAUUCUUCUGCACCACCACUUCCAUCCUCCUCCUCUGCCUCCUCUGCCUCCUCUGCCUCCUCUGCCUCCUCUACCUCCUCCUCCUCCUCCUCCACCACCACCACCCCCACCACAACCACCACCACUGCCCCAACAGCGGCCGCUCAGGCAGCCGUCUCGCACAUCUCCGAACGCGACACAACAACCGGCACCACCCCCGCCUCUCCUGACUCCAGCAAUGAGAAUCAGGACUACAUCUGCCCUCACUGCGAUCGCACCUUCACCUCACGCAUCGGCCUGGUCGGUCACUUGCGAAUCCGUCGCACAGAGACCGGCGAACCAGUGCGUGAAGCACCAACCUACACCCACCGCACUCGCCUCCACUGCCCACAUUGGCCUCGCAUCUUCACGCAUCGCAUGGGUCUAUUCGGCCACAUGCGCAUCCACGACGACCUGCGGUAG